CUCGCCCGGCCCCGCCCCCGCCCCGCCCCCUCGUCCUCUGCCCCGCCCCGCGCCCCCCGCGCUUGGGGCCCGGGCUCUCGACGCCGACGGCUGCUGGACGGACUGAAGCCACCGAGUGGAGCGCACGGCGGAGCUUGCAGGACCAUGGCACUGCUCUCGGACCCCGCAGGACUCUGGCUGGUGGUAACCUUGGCUGUGGUGAUAGGCCCGAGACGGGGCAUGGCAGGACCAUGGCAGGACUGCACGGGUGUCCAGUGCCCACUGCUGGAGAACUGCAUCGAGGAGGCGCUGGAGCCAGGUGCAUGCUGCGCCACCUGUGUGAGGCAUGGCUGUGCCUGUGAGGGCUACCAGUACUACGACUGUGUGCAGGGUGGCUUCGUGGAUGGCCGUGUGCCUGCUGGGCAGUCCUACCUUGUGGACUUUGGCAGCACUGAGUGCUCCUGCCCACCAGGCGGUGGCAAGAUCAGCUGCCAGUUCAUGCUGUGCCCUGAGCUGCCGCCCAACUGCAUUGAGACCGUGGUGGUGGCUGACAGCUGCCCACAGUGUGGUCAGGUGGGCUGCAUCCACUCCAGCCGGAAGUACCCUGCUGGCCACACCAUCCACCUUUCAGCCUGCCGGGCGUGCCACUGCCCUGACGCAGGUGGGGAACUCAUCUGCUACCACCUUCCUGGCUGUCAUGGGAACUUCUCAGACACUGAGGAGGGGGACCCUGAGCGACACUAUGAAGAUCCCUACAGUUAUGACCAGGAGGUGGCUGAGGGGGAGACCGUGUCAGCGCUGGUGAGCGAGGCCCAGGCAGGGGCAGGGGGUGCCCCAGCUGCCCUGGGAGGCGGGAUCCAGCUACGGUCCACCAUGCAGGCAACUCCCUGGCCAGCAGCCCUCCCCCGGCCCACAGCGGCUGCUGCCUUGGGUCCGCCAGCUCCUGUGCAGGCCAAAGCUAGGAGAGUGACAGAGGACAUUGAAGAGGAGCAGGAGGAGGGAGGAGAGGGGCCGGAAGAAGAGCAAACGGCGGCCACUGAGCGACUGGCAGCAGGUGGCCCCAGGGUGCUGGGUGAUCUGCCUACCAUGGCCCCCGCCAGGCCCAGCCUCGUUGUUCAGGAGAAGGGCGCAGAAGCCAAGGCAAGGCCUGAGGAGAACCUCAUCCCGGAUGCACAGGCCACCCCACGCAGCUCUGGGCAGGAGGGCCCUGCGCCCCUGCCUGGGUCAAGCCCAGCCCGUGGUGUCCCAUCCUGGGCUACGUUGAGCCCUCUUGAAGGUCCUGUCAAACCCAGCACCCAACCUAUCCUGGUCAUGCCCCUGCACAAGGAAGCCCAGGUCCUGCCCACCCAGGAAGUACCCAAGCACCGGCUGGCUCCAGCCCAUUCUCGGGCAGAGGACGAAGACCCCAACUCUGUCCAUUCUGUCCCCAGGGGCAGCCCUGAAGGCUCCACCAAGGACCUGAUCGAGUCUUGCUGCGCGGCUGGGCAGCAGUGGGCCAUCGACAACGACGAGUGCACAGAGAUGCCUGAGAGUGGUGCGGAGGGUGAUGUGUGCAGGACGGCCCAGAGGCACUGCUGCAUUUCCUACCUGAAGGAGAAGAGCUGCGUGGCCGGUGUGCGGGGAGCCAAGGAGGGCGAGGCCUGUGGCACCGAGGACAAUGAUACCUGCAGUGUGUCCCUGUACAAGCCGUGCUGUGACUGCUGUGGCCUGGGGCUCCGUGUGCGGGCCGAGGGCCAGUCCUGUGAGUCCAACCCCAAUCUGGGCUACCCCUGCAACCACGUCAUGCUUUCCUGCUGUGAGGGUGAGGACCCCCUUAUCGUGCCCGAGAUCCGCCGGCCUCCAGAGCCUGAAGCUGCGCCGCGCAGAGUUUCAGAGCCAGAGAUGGGGAACCGGGAGGCUCUGUCAUUAGGCACAGAGGCUGAGCUGCCCAACAACCUGCCAGGCGAUGAUCAGGAUGAGUGCCUGCUGCUGCCGGGUGAGCUGUGCCAGCACCUGUGCAUCAACACUGUGGGCUCCUACCGCUGUGCCUGCUUUCCCGGCUUCUUGCUGCAGGAUGACGGCCACACCUGCCGCCCAGCCAGGAUUGCGUCGCAGCCAGAGGCUCCACGGGAGUCUGCAACGGGACCUGAGCCAGCCCAGGCAGCCCCCAACACCAUCCCGCUGCCUCUGCCACAGCCCAACACCUGCAAAGACAAUGGACCCUGCAGGCAGGUAUGCAGUGUCAUCAGGGGCUCGGCCGUGUGCUCCUGUUUCCCCGGCUAUGCCAUCAUGGCGGACGGUGUGUCAUGUGAAGACCAAGACGAGUGCCUGCUGGGCACUCACGAUUGUAGCCGGCGCCAGUUCUGUGUGAACACCUUGGGAUCCUUCUCCUGUGUCAACCACACAGUGCUCUGCGCCGAGGGCUAUAUCCUCAACGCGCACAGGAAGUGCGUGGACAUCAACGAGUGCGUGACAGACCUGCACACGUGCAGCCGGGGCGAGCACUGUGUGAACACUCUGGGCUCCUUCCGCUGCUACAAGGCCCUCACUUGUGACCCAGGCUACGUCCUCAAGGAUGGGGAGUGUGUAGAUGUGGACGAGUGUGCCGUGGGCUCGCACACUUGCCAGCCUGGCUCCUCAUGCCAGAACACCAAGGGCUCCUUCUACUGUCAGGCCCGGCAACGCUGCAUGGAGGGCUUCCUGCAGGACCCUGAGGGAAACUGUGUGGACAUCAACGAGUGCACAUCGCUACCUGAGCCCUGCCGCUCCGGCUUCAGCUGUGUCAACACGGUGGGCUCCUACAGGUGCCAGAGGGACCCACUGAUGUGCAGGCAUGGGUACCACGCCAAUGAGGACGGGACGCAGUGUGUGGACGUGAAUGAGUGUGCCACAGGUGUGCACCGCUGUGGCAGCGGCCAGGUCUGCCACAACCUGCCCGGUUCGUACCGCUGUGACUGCAAGGCUGGCUUCCAGCGGGACGCCUUCGGCCGCUCUUGCAUCGACGUGAAUGAAUGCUGGACCUCACCGAGCCGCCUGUGUCAGCACACGUGCGAGAACACGCUGGGCUCUUACCGCUGCUCCUGCGCCAUGGGCUUCCGGCUGGCUGAGGACGGCAAGCACUGCGAAGAUGUGAAUGAAUGUGAAACCCAGCGCUGCAGCCAGGAGUGUGCCAAUAUCUAUGGCUCCUACCAGUGCUACUGCCGUCAGGGCUACCAGCUGGCAGAAGAUGGGCACACCUGCACAGACAUCGAUGAGUGUGCACAGGCUGCUGGUAUGCUCUGCACCUUCCGAUGCCUCAAUGUACCUGGGAGCUACCAGUGCGCAUGCCCAGAGCAGGGCUAUGCCAUGAUGGCCAAUGGCAGGUCCUGCAAAGACCUGGAUGAGUGUGCACUGGGCACACACAACUGCUCAGAGGCUGAGACCUGCCACAACCUUCAGGGAAGUUUCCGCUGCCUGCGCUUCGAGUGCCCUCCCAACUACGUUCGGGUGUCUGAAAUGAAGUGUGAGCGCACCACGUGCCAUGACCUGCUGGAGUGCCAGAACUCGCCUGCACGAAUCACCUACUACCAGCUCAACUUCCAGACCGGCCUGCUGGUGCCUGCGCACAUCUUCCGCAUCGGCCCCGCGCCGGCCUUCACGGGCGACACCAUCUCGCUGACCAUCACGCGAGGCAACGAGGAGGGUUACUUUGGCACACGCCGACUCAACGCCUUCACCGGAGUGGUCUCGCUGCAGCGGCCUGUGCUGGAGCCCCGGGACUUCGCCCUGGAUGUGGAGAUGAAGCUGUGGCGCCAGGGCUCUGUCACCACCUUCCUGGCCAAAAUGCACAUCUUCUUCACCGCCUUUGCGCCCUAGGAUCCAGGGCUGCUUGCUCUUGAGUGCGUUGUGUGUCCCUGCCCAGUCUUGAACUCUGUAAAUUGAGUCUCGCUUUUGGUUUUGGGCCUCUCCUGCACCCCGAGGGUGGGAGCUUGUUAGCAGGAGGUCCGUCUCACAAGUUUGUGGUCACCGUGGUGCCCUGCAUGUGGGGACCAAGGCCGGACAAUGAGUGCGGAUUGGAAUGCGGCGACCACAUUGGGGCUUCUGGACUCAGCUGAAUGACCCACUUCUACAGUUGACCCUCUGUUUCACGAUCCACUGUGAUUAGUUCUCUUUUUAAAAAAUCAUUUUAAGUUUUUAAAAUAAUAUUGUUUUAAUUAUAAAAGUAGCACAUGUACACUGUAAAACAAAUAGUACAAAAGGGCUAUAAAGGAAAAAAAAUCGG